AUGCCGCUGCCAAAAUCAUUGCGACGCCCGACCGGUACCGGUACAGGUACAGGUACACGCAGCACGUCCUCGUCAACAUCGACGUCGCAGCGUAAGCGAUGCAGCACGUGCAAUAACCUGGACCCGCGGAACCAUCGGGGUUCGGUGUAUGAAACCGAGGCUAGAAGAGAGCCGCGUGCGAGUCUGAAUCUCGUUGUCGAUGCUUUGCGUUUGGCCAGGACGAAAGAUGUUGGCAAAGGCGGUUGUAGAUUCUGCGUAGCCUUGGUUUUGGCGCUCGAUGCUUUCUCGGAGAGUUGGAGGGGCGCUCGGGUUAGAGUUCAUGUCGAGAUCAGGGAGAAGGGGACGGUGAGAAUCAGUGUGGAUGGCGAGCGCUGGAAGAAUGAGAUUGUGGAGAUGUAUGCUGGCUCUGCAUCUCGUAGGCCAUGGCCCACACUCGGUACAGCCCACCACAUACCAACAGACUCGGGCUCUGAUGAUUCUUUCAACUUUAUACGCCGGUGCAUACAAGGUUGUCUUGCAAAUCCCAAGCACACCGCAUGUCGAUCGAAUCGCGAGUCGACUGCGACUGCUCCCAAGCGACUUCUUGACGUUGGCCGCGUGUCGUCACCAAUUCGUCUGAUAGAUACGCAGGGGAGAAGCUUCCAAUACGCUACCCUCUCGCACUGUUGGGGCAGCUCCUCUCUGCUCAAGACGACAAAGACCAAUUGGCGAAAGCUUGCGACCAAUGUUGCGUUUGAAACCCUGCCACCCUUGUUCCAGGAUGCGAUUGUCAUCACCCGACAGCUAGGUCUCCGUUAUAUAUGGAUCGACUCACUGUGUAUCAUCCAAGACAGCGUGAGAGAUUGGGAAACCGAGUCGUCGAGAAUGGGCAGUAUCUACCAGAAUAGCUACAUCACCAUUUCCGCGACCAAUUCAGGGGACGGUGGCACGAGAUGCCUUGCACAAAGACGAAGGCCCGUGAAGAUACCAUAUGAGAAUACGACAAAGAGGGAACUAGCUCUGCGAGCGAGGAGAGUAUUAGAUCACCAUCCAAGUCACUCUCCCACUGGUGGUCCUGCAAAGCCGGUGGGGCCGCUCACAUCUCGCGCAUGGGCUCUUCAAGAACACGUACUCAGUACCAGGAUUGUACACUACACGGAGACGGAAUUGCUGUUCGAGUGUAAGACUUCCUAUCGUUGCGAGUGCAUGCCAGAGCGCAAAGCGUACCCGACCACCCCGGCACUCAUUCCCAGAGCUGUGGCAAGCAAAAAGGCUCACACAAUCUGGCAAGCAUGGCAGCGCAUUGUUGAGCAGUAUUCUGCGCGCAACCUCACCGUCGCGAGCGACAAGCUGCCCGCUAUAUCGGGUAUCGCAAGUAAGAUCAGGAAAGCGACGCAUUCGGACUAUCUCGCAGGCCUUUGGAGAGGCAACCUAGCGCUGGAUCUUCUGUGGCAUGGGUUGCCCUCUGGCUCCAACAUCUUUGCGCCUGAGGCAUGGCGAGCACCGUCUUGGUCAUGGGCUGGUCUCGAUACUCCUAUAGGCUACACGACACUAAACGAGACGGAGGUUGAAACUUUCAGCCCUACCAUGGUGGCCGGAUCGGUUUCGAUCGUCCCGUCAGGAUUGAACAUCCUUGGUUCAGUGACAUCCGCAUCACUUACAUUGCGGGGUCCCACAUUUUCUGCCACUUUGAGCUCCGACCUGGCCGACGGUGCUUGGAAAUACACGCUCUUCGUCCAGGGUACCAGUUCGAUGAGCAUCUUACACGACUGCAUCCUCUGUGAAGCCAAGGUCGAGCCGGCAGUGGGCGAGGAACAAUGCACCGUAAGACGGGCAUUACCUGGCGAUACCCCGCAACCAUUUAGAGCGCCUGUAACGUGCAUGAGUAUCGGCAGACAUGAUGAUGUUGUCCUUGGACUCGUGUUGGGCAUUUCGCCGCGAAAUCCCCAGGCCUGGGAACGGCUGGGAACGUUUGCCACUGGCAACGAAGCCGUCCGAAACCUUGAGGAACGGGAGAUGAUGCUCAUAUAA